ACACUCUCUCUCACACACACACACACACCGUCUUUGAGACUUUCAGUACUGACAGGACUUUUUUCAUCGUUUGGUAUUUUAUUCCGAGAACUUAUCUAUCUAGAAUGGCUGCCUCUAAAUCGUCACACACGGUGCGCAACAUUAUCUUCGCUUUGCUGACACUUUGGUCGAUCAUUUCACUCAUCAUCAUUGUGGUAUGGGCCACCUCGCCCGACUUGAAGGGGGCCAGCGAGUGCAACACCAACCUGAAGACCCUCAAGGAAAAGUUUGCCAAGGAAAAAGACGUAUGGACCAAAGACCGGCAUGCGUUGGAAGAACUGGUGGGGCAGGGCCGCCUCAACCAGAGCCUGUUGCUGACUCGCAUAGACCAGCUGAAAGAACAACUGCAAUUCCUCAAUCAGUCCCUGGAAUCUUGUCAGCAGCAAAAUGACAUGCUGAACGACAACAUCACUAGGCUAAAGGAUGAGAUCGAGCUGCAUAAAGCCAUUGAGGCCAACCUUACUGCAAAUAUCACACAGCAGCAAGACACGAUCGAACUACUGCAGCAUAAUCUGACCCAGACGGCCUUCGAGCUGGGGAUGUGCACAGACUUGCGGAAGGCCGCUCUGAAUCUUCAAACUGCAGCCGAGAAGCAAACCCAGGGCUGCCAGUCCAGCAAGCAGUUCUUACAGAAGCAACUAGAAAAGUGCAAAAGCCUGCCCCAAACUUCAUCCCAAAAUGAUGGACCUCCUGGACCAAGAAGUGGUGCUGUCCUGGUCGGGCUUUUGUGCAUCAGCUUUCUUUUAGUACCAUAGCUGAGCUAAAGAGAGAUUUUGGAUGAAGAUAAUCGGAUACAAAUUUCAGUACAACACUGUUUCGAGACACCUGUAUGACGUGUGCAGCGAACCUGGACUUGAAGCAUGUUACUUUCGUAAACGCACUGCUGUAAAACAAACAGGAAUGUUCUGUUCACUAAAGAGUUAUUUACCUUUGAAGGGAAUAUAAUAAGAUGGGGUUUUUUUUAUUAUUAUUUGUUCCUGUGAUAUAAACAAAACAAAAAAAAAUUCUGUUUCAGUACUGAAUUCAAAUAAGCCAUUCAGCAUUAAUCUUUUUUUUUUUUUUUUUUUUUUUUUUAGCUUAAAAUUAAAUAUAGCCUGGAGUUUUGGCUAUUAAUUUAUGAUAACGUUAUCAGAAAGGUGUCUCUCCAAGUGAGAACCAGAUUUUGAUAACUGCUGAGAAGUUAAAACCUGCUCAAAAUAUUCUGUCAUAAUAACAUAUUUCAAAUAUCUCCGUUUCUCAGCUACUACUGUUUGUUGGAACUUCAUUAGACCGAUGUGUUUGUGCUCGUCUCGUAUUGAUUAAUGGAUUCAGACCAAAAAAAAUAAUCAUCUUAAACUGCAUUAUCUAUUAUUACGAUCAUUUCUGACUUAACGCAAAAAAAAAAUUAAUUACUAAUGCAUUACUAAUGCAUUUUACAAAGAAAAAAAAAAAGAAAAAAAAAAAACUUGGGCUGGCCUUAGAUGAUACAGACGCACAUUUUGGUCAUUUUUACAGCUCAAAUACUUGACAGUAUUAAUUGCUGGGAGCUGAUCUCGACUUAAAGCCCGUUCUGAUUGCACUGUCAACAAAGUUUUUGCCUGUUAUGUCUACCGCAGCCUGUAUUGUCUCUCGCUGAUCUUUGUUUGCUUCUUUAUCUUGGAACAAACUGUUACAGUAUUUCUUCAGGCUCCAGGGAUUAUACCCUGUCUGCCGUGACGAUCCUUCAAAUCCAUUGACCAAUCUGUGAAGCUCAUUUGAUUGCCCAUUACAACUCAUUUGCUCAUCUGGCACCAACUACAACUAAACCUAACUCAGUCGUCUUGCCGAGUGACCUGCAGCAGACGAAGCUAAACCUAGCUAGUCAUGAUAGAGAAGAUAUUCAAAUGUCCUGCAUUAAAGCAGAUAUCACUCCAGAGCUUCUUUUGUAAAUUCAGAUUCACUCGUGCUAAAACCAUAAUUGAGUUUGACCGAAGUGGCUUCACCCAUUUCCUUUAAACAGUCUCAUAACUUGAUGAAAACGGGCAUCAUUUCAUAUGGAUGAACCCACCGUACGCCUAACACGUGAACACAUAUCACUUAGUAAACAAGGUUAAACUUAGACGGACUGUGCGUAACGCCCAGGCCCAAGACAGAAUGUUUUUUAACCGAUAUAUUUUAAUCAUAUUGAACUAUUUCUCACGUCAUGAGCUCCCAGUAAAGUGCAAGCGUGAGUGCUGAAUUUGUUAGGCUGCAUACUGAAUGUUGUCUCAGAUUAUAUUUGGCUUUAUGAGAGAUUUAUUCUAAAAAGACUGGCUUGGUGAUUCACAGGUCUAAUUCACAUGUGUAGUUGUACUGAUUUAAUGAUGUCUUUAUAUGCUAUUUUUCCUUUAAAAAUUUUUUGCUCUCUUUCCACCUGCCAAAAAUGCCAAACUAUUCUGAAGGUCGGAAACUCCUUUUAAAUUAUUCCGGGAACUAAACAAAUAAAGUACUGUCAAAAUCGGACACUUUCCAGAAGUGAGUUGGGCUCUAGCUCAAAUUAGCCCACACAUGAUAAGGCUUAGUGACUGUUGUUUGACUUGGGAGAAAGGAGGAGGGAAAAAUAUGGGAGUGAUCACAGAAAAUGCGAGUGCCGGCUGGUAUGAGUGUAUUGGAAUUAUUGUGGAAAUAAACUUUUACAAACGA